AUAAAAGUCUAGCUGGACUCUCUGUUCAGUGACAUCCUUACCUUUCUAAUCAGAGACUCUCCUCUUCAGAAGUUUUGCAUUAGAUUUGCAAAAUGAUGACCAUAUCUUUGAUCUGGGGGAUUGUUGUAGCAGUGUGCUGUUGUUUAUGGCUUAUUCUUGGAAUGAGGAGAAGACAAAUGGGUGAACCACCUCUGGAGAAUGGGUUGAUUCCAUACCUGGGAUGUGCUCUGAAAUUUGGUGCCAAUCCUCUUGAGUUCCUGAGAGCAAAUCAAAGGAAACAUGGUCACGUUUUCACCUGCAGAUUGAUGGGAAACUAUGUCCACUUCAUCACAAAUCCCUUGUCAUACCAGAAGGUGUUGUGCCAUGGGAAAUACUUGGAUUGGAAAAAGUUUCACUUCACUACUUCUGCAAAGGCAUUUGGGCACAGAAGCAUUGACCCGAGUGAUGGAAACACCACUGAUAAUAUAAGUAAAACUUUCAUCAAAACCCUGCAGGGCGAUGCCUUGAAUUCCCUCACAGAAGCCAUGAUGGAGAACCUCCAACUUGUCAUGAGACGUCCGCUGGUAUCUAAAUCAAAGACGCCUGCCUGGGUGACGGAAGGGAUGUAUUCCUUCUGCUACCGAGUGAUGUUUGAAGCUGGGUAUUUAACUCUCUUUGGCAAAGAUCUUACGGGGCAAGACGCACAAAAAGGACUCAUUCUGAAUAACCUUGACCACUUCAAGGAAUUUGACAAAAUCUUUCCGGCUCUGGUAGCAGGCCUCCCCAUUCAUGUGUUCAAGACCGCACACCAUGCUAGGGAAAAACUGGCAGAGGGCUUGAGGCAUGAGAACCUCGGAAAGAGAGACCGCAUCUCGGAACUGGUCAGGUUUCUGAAUGACAUGCUUUCCACCUUAGAUGACAUGGAUAAGGCUAAGACACACCUCGCUAUCCUCUGGGCGUCACAAGCAAACACCAUCCCGGCGACUUUCUGGAGCUUAUUUCAAAUGAUUAGGAGCCCUGAAGCAAUGAAAGCAGCUGCUGAAGAAGUGAAUAAAACACUAGAGAAUGCUGGCCAAAAAAUCAGCUUUGACGGCAGUCCUAUUUGUUUGAAUCAAAUGCAACUGAAUGACUUGCCAGUGCUAGAUAGCAUCAUCAAGGAGUCUCUGAGGCUUUCCAGUGCGUCUCUGAACAUCCGGACUGCUAAAGAGGAUUUCACUUUGCAUCUCCAGGACAGUUCCUAUAACAUCCGCAAAGAUGACAUCAUAGCUCUUUACCCGCAGUUAAUGCAUUUUGAUCCAGAAAUCUACCCAGACCCUUUGACCUUUAAAUACGAUCGAUAUCUUGAUGAAAAUGGGAAGACAAAGACCACCUUCUAUAGUAAUGGAAUCAAGUUAAAGUAUUACUACAUGCCCUUUGGGUCAGGAGCGACAAUAUGUCCAGGGAGAAUAUUUGCUGUCCAGGAAAUCAAGCAGUUUUUGAUUCUGAUGCUUUCCUAUUUUGAACUGGAGCUUGUGGAGAGCCAGGUUAAAUGUCCCCCUUUGGACCAGUCCCGUGCAGGCUUGGGCAUUUUACCACCAUUAAAUGAUAUUGAGUUUAAAUAUAAAUUCAAACAUUUGUGA